AUGAUCCAACACCACAAAAGACCCCAUCUCAAUGUUCCACAAUUCGUGAUCGAUGAGUGGAAAACCAGAGAUCAGAACACAGUAGCCCAGAUUCUCAUGGAUGCAAACUGGGGCAAGGCUACCUUUGUGGCACAGCUUGAAGUCAUCGUCACUAAGAAGAAGACUGUCUCCGUUCGAGUGGAGGAGCAAUGGAUGACAGAGAAGGAAAUGAAAUCAGAGCUUCAGUGGACACCGGCCCGCAUUGCUGGAGCGAAGAAAACUUGUGAAGCCAAAGGUGAGAGCCACUGCCGGAAGAAUGCUUAUGAUGGUGAACAGGAGUACUACAUCGUGACCAAAGAAGUGGGAGCCCGACAAGAGGAACGCACCCAGGAAGAGAUCCACAGGUCGCAGAAAAAGGCAGACGAUGGACCAACUUUGGACAAAGAUGCCUUCGAUGGUUUGGCGAAGGCCGCUGCCAGGAAGGCUGCUGACGAUGCCGAUGCAGAUCCUAACAACCCAGGUGGAACCGGGGGUUCCCAAAUUCAUGAGACCAAGUCGACCUUCACAAAGUUUAUGCAAUCCAUGCUGCAGAAAUCGGGCAAAAUCAGAUCCCUUGUUCGAGAGCUGAAAGAGAAGUAUGCCAAUUGUGAUACCACCAGUGAGAACGUCAACCUUUUGCAGACCGGCUUGAAGACGAUGGACGAGGAGUAUGACAAAUGUUCAAAUCUGAUGGCUCAAGCUCAGUUGAGUGGUUUUGACAAGGUGUCCUCCACAUUCUUUAGGCAAUUGCGAGAAAUUGCAGUUGAUUCCAGUCUCGGUGUAGUGUGGCUUUGUGCUGGACGUGCUUUGAAAGCCAUCGCCGGCGACAUCGGCACAGGGGUUGCAACCUCAAAUUCAGAGCGGCAGGUGAAUCUGAGGGCCCAUACGCGUGGCGCCAAAUUGCACCAAGCCGAUCACCUGCCACCAGGUAAGCCGGGCUGCCGCAAUGUGCGAUUUGGUGGGGACAACGUGAAACCAUCUGAUCAGGUGGAUGGGGUUCACAUGGUCUACUUCGUCUUUAGAUCGCUAGCUCCUACAGAUCCGCGAUUAGGACGGCGAAAGGAGGCAAGCUUUUAUGCCUUCGAUUUGUUUCACUCAUUUCACCUUGGGGUGGGGAAGAUCCUGGUAGCAUCUUGCCUUGCCCUUGCUAGUGAACUGAUGGCUGCAACUUCAGUGGACAACCGGCUGGAGGAGCUUACAAGCCUCUACCUUGUGUGGGCUGAGGAGAACAAAAAGCUGAAGCACUUCGCAUUUCUCGCCAUGGAAUGA